UACUCGGCCGUUUUAAUGUUUUUAUUCUACUUUUUGUUGGCAGAACCAGCAAGGUGGUUGGUUCUUUGUUUGCCGUUUGUCGUGACCGCGCACUCACGUGAUCGCGCCUUGGAGCAGGUGUGUUCAACUUGGCUUCCGACGGUACCUGUCGACGUCGUGGUCUGCACAUUCAAAUUGACUCCAGAUUCUGACGACUGUCAGGUUUUUAGUUCUCUGAAAAAGUGUCCCCAAAAGAGAACAAAAUUGUCGCAUCUGGCGUACCUGCCAGGUGGAACAGGUGGCGUUUUAGACGGCUAUAUUAGCUACCUUCAGCAACAACAAAGGCAGCGUUUUGUGAUUAUGGCACAUGCAACCAGAAGUGAAGUCAUCAUGGAGGAGUUUUUUCAAACGGUAGCCGAGCUAAGGAGCCUAAUACAAAAGAUGUCAUGUCAAGUGGAAGAAGUGGAGAAAAGACAAACUAGUCUUCUUGCUUCCUCAAACCCAGACAAGAGAUGCAGAGACGAGCUGGAGCUGCUCAACAACAAUAUCAAGACUAAUGCAAAUGUGUUCCGAGCCUCAUUAAGGACAUUGCAGGAUGGUUUCUCAGCAGAUUGCAGUGACGUUGGUACCUCAGUGAUGCGGCGUAUUAAGAACAAUCAGCAUGCACAUCUAACACGCUGCUUUGCUGAGCUAAUGACGAAUCACCACAACACACAGGUGGCCUUCAGAGAGAAAUGCAAAGCCCACAUUCAGAGACAGCUACAGAUUGUGGACAAAGUGACAACAGAUGAGGAGUUGGAGGAGAUGCUGAACUGCCACAAUGUGACCAUUUUUAUAUCUGAUAUAGUUGAAUCUGGUGCAAGUAUUUCAAGCAAAGCUCUGAAUGAGAUCAGGUCUCGUCACGAGGACAUUGUUCACUUGGAGGCAAGCAUCAGAGAGCUGCAUGAAGUCUUGGCUGACACGGCUUUGCUUCUGGAAAGUCAGGGGGAGUUGAUAAACAGCAUUGAAAAGAAUGUGGCGAGUGCUGCAGCGUAUGUGGAGGAGUCCAGAGAAGAGACGCACAAAGCAGUGAUGUAUAAGAAAAACCCUUACAGGAUAGUGUCUCUGCCAAGAUUCUUCAAGUCCUUCCAGAGGAAAACUGCGGACAAUGCAGGCACAGGUCCAAACACCUCCAACCCAGUCCACAAUUACAGAACUGCAAAUGCUAACUGAAUUAGACUGCAAAAUUAAUUCCAUUGUCUUCAACACCAGGCAAACUGCACAUUUUUAGUUCAUGUAGGAAUGGCAGAUUUACACUGAGUUGCUUGAUACUGUUUGAUACUGUACUGAACGGUGCUGUUUCUUAUUAUACUAAACAUUCCUUUUUCAUUUCAAAAGCCCUUUGUAAUCACAGGCCUCUACCGAGGACACAUUUUUAAGUAUAUCUGAAUUAUUGCUAGCAGACCUGAAGGCUGCCUAAAUCAAUCUGGGAUGUGCUAUCUUUUAUUUUCCAAUAGAUGGCGUAAGAACACAAACUAAAUCGUUAGAGUCCCUUUGGUCAGUAAAUGCAAUAAUAUCCCCUGUCAUUCGCUUCUACCAAUAAACUUUAAUCAUAU